GUCUGCCAACCAGGCAAGUCGUAUUUUAUAUAACGACCUAAUAUACUUACAAAGAAGUAGCAAGGACAGAGAGGAAAAUGGCAGCAGAAAUCGUCCAGCUUAACGACGACACGGAGGAUUCCGAUGCUGUGAUGAAAUUCCUUAAUAAAAAAGACGGCGUGUCACGCUUUUUAGAUGCUAUGAAAAGACACUCACAGCGACAAGAUGAAAAGAUAGAGAGUCUUAAAAGACUCAGUCGUUCAAACGAAGAAUAUUUAGCAAAAAAUGACAGCGAAAUUAAUGCGCUCAAACAGGAGAUCGAACAAGAAACGGAUCAAAAAGAAAAUUAUAUGCAACAAGUACAGGAGGAAAAAUCAAAAUCUGAAGAUCUUCGUGAAAAAUUAAUGGAUGCCGAAAGUGAUAAAUCAACACUUGAGGCAACCACAGAGUCACAGAAGAAAACUAUUGAGAACUAUGAAACAGAACUAACCGAUUGUAAAAGGCAAAUCAAGGAAAAGGAAACCGAGCUUCAACAACUAAAUAAUUCCCAUCAUAUAACAAUAAAGAAAAAAGAAGAAGAAAAUGCGUCCAUGUUGCAAGCUCUAGAGUCUUCAAGGAGAGAUGUACAAACCACAACAGACGAGCUGGAAAAAGAGAAGAAUGAAAACGCCGAACUGCGCUCAGGCCUUCGGCAGCGUGACUCCGACUUCUCUGCACUGAAGCAAAAUUGGGAACGGGAGGUUUGUGAGAAAGAGGUACUCGCUGCGUCUCUCAAAGAUGUACAACGCACCCUAAAAGAUCUUAAAAUGAAAAACGAAGACGACAUGCAAAGAAAUGGAUAUGAGAUGACGGCAUUAAACGAAAAACUAGAGCGGACCACGAAUGAAAGAGACGAAUCUCUCGAUAGGCAGAAGGAACUGAAAGAAACCAUGAAAAAUCUGGAUGAAACACUAACGAAAACCUCGACAGAGAAGGUUGGACUAGAAAAUGCCCUUAAAACAGAGAUAGAAGAUAAAGCACGUCUUCGAGUGUGUCUUGAAGAGGAACGGAAAGACUUUGAGAUCAAAAUACAACAAUCUAGAAACGAAGAGAAAAUUCUUUUGCAAAAAUGCGAAAAACAAAAGAAUGACAUCAGCGCUCUUCAAAAGAAAUUGGACGAUGCAAAAGCUGAAAAAGAGAAACUUUCUAAAGAACUUUGUUUGACGAAAGAAAGUCAUUCAAUCGCCAUGAAAGAAGAGCGGGACGCAACUGCUUCGAAAUUACAAGAACUGCAAAAAAAGAGCGAAGAGGAAAAAAGAGACGCCGAAGCAAGAAUGCAAUGCAAAAUCGUCGACCUGGAGUACCGUAAUGCUGAGCUCGAUGAUUCUCUGAGUCGUGAACAGCGGAAAAAGCCGUUCGAGAAUGUAUAG